UGGAGCCUCUGCUAACCAGCAGAGCUUAGAAAAUGUUAGGCAUAUUCCAACAGUCGUGCUGCGGUCACACAUAAAAUUCCAAGAAAGUUAUUCCGCAUCCACACUCAGCAGCAAUCUUACCGAAAGGCUUACUCAGCAGAAGAGGGAGUGAGUUGCAGUAACCGUCCGUAGAACCAAAUAUCAGUUGCCAUCUCAGAGGAGGAAGAGCGCAUCCGCAUUCGCAUCCGAUCCAACCCGAACCGAUCAUGGCAACCACUCCACGCAGCGGCGGUGCCAGCGGCACUGGAACGGCGCAGCGGCCCAAUGGCACCUCGCAGAACAAAAGCUGCCAAUUCAAGUUGGUUCUCCUCGGCGAGUCCGCUGUGGGCAAGUCCUCCCUGGUGCUGCGCUUCGUCAAGGGACAGUUCCACGAGUACCAGGAGAGCACGAUAGGUGCGGCCUUUCUGACACAGACCAUUUGCAUAGAGGACACCGUCGUCAAGUUCGAGAUCUGGGACACGGCUGGCCAGGAGCGGUACCACAGCUUAGCUCCCAUGUAUUAUCGAGGAGCGCAGGCCGCUAUUGUCGUCUAUGAUAUACAGAAUCAGGACAGUUUUCAGCGUGCGAAGACCUGGGUCAAGGAACUGCAUAAACAAGCCUCACCAAACAUUGUCAUUGCGCUGGCCGGCAACAAGGCAGAUUUGUCAAACAUUCGCGUCGUGGAGUUCGAUGAGGCGAAGCAAUAUGCCGAGGAGAAUGGGCUGCUGUUCAUGGAAACCUCCGCCAAGACGGGCAUGAAUGUGAACGACAUCUUCUUGGCCAUUGCCAAGAAACUACCUAAGAACGAUGGCGCCAACAAUCAGGGAACCAGCAUAAGGCCGACUGGAACCGAAACAAAUCGACCGACGAACAACUGCUGCAAGUGAUGUCCCUUCGUAGAAAAUGAAAUUUCCAACGAGAGAUUUGAAAAGUUUAUGCUGAUAAUUAUAAAUAAAAAAAUUAUUUAAAAAUUCAACAGAAUCAGAAAGAAAUACCUAAAGCCGGCUCUCCCAGGGGACGAAUUUCAUUUGAGAGCCACGAAACCAAUAAUGAUAAAGACCACAUAAGAAUUAUAAACAUUAAACAAAGGAGCUCCCAUUCCCAACAUAAACGAAAGUUGCAAUUAAAGAAAGUUAGUUACAAAUUCCCACACCCGAUUUUCCCCAAUUACGCUCGAUAUCUGUCCAAAAAAUAUACAAGCAAACUGACACCCACGCAAUUGAGCUAAAAUAUCAGUAUAAUUCCAACAUAAACCAUUUCAAAUAACAACGCAAAUUAAUAAUGAAAACUAAACAUGAGAAGAAAGCGCAGGUUUUUUGGAGAUUUCAUCGUGUCGUAGAAAGUUUGAAAUCGUAUUGUAUAAAAAAAAGAGAGAAACCCCGAAACCAUCUAAGCGAGCAAAGAAUAUUUGUAAAGAUUACAUGUCGUGUAAGUUUCUGAGCAUUAAGUGAGGGGCAGAUUCCAGUUGCAGUUGUUCUCAGCAGCGUUCCAAAUAAAACAAACAAAACAAACAAACACCACAAGGAGCAAAUGUUCAGGCCAGCGGCUGAAGAUCCUCGCUCGCCUCGGUUUGUGGCAAUGUGUGUGUCUCUCCGGCUCCGGAGCCCGGACUCCAGAUCCGGUUACGGACGCGGAUGAUUCGACUCCGGGUCGCGGCGGACACGUGUGAUAGUUGCAAUUUAUAUAAAUUAUAUAUACACAUAUUAAAAUGAGGGAAAACGAAAACCACAAAAAAAGAAAACCAAUUAUGCAUACUUUUAGAUUUUUUUAUUUUUCAAUUUCGCCUUGCGUUGAACUAUUUUCCACAUUCUAGCAACAAUCGAAGAUUUAAUGCUAAUAUCUUUAAACGUAAACGAGAACGGAGAAACUAUCGUAAUCCAUAAAAAUUAAACUUACAUCUAGUAUGCAAUUAAGCGGAGAGGAAGUAAAGUGAAUUAAAAUAAAUAAAUAAAACAAAUCGAACAACACAA